AUGCCAGCAAAAAAGAAGAAAGAAGGCUCAUCGAAACGUAAAGCUAAUUCUAAAAAUGCUGAUGAUCGUCCCGAAGUUGAUGUUUUAUCACCAGCUGCUGUCAUCAACGCAUAUUACAUAUGCCAUAAUGUUGCCGAUUGUUUAGAAGCACGAGGUUUUGCAUGGGAAGGAGCUAAGAAAGGCAAAAAGAAAAAGAAAAAAUGA